CUUGGGGUGUUGUGAAUUUGUGCAGACAAGAAAGCUUGAGUGGGAGUUGUCGGACCGAUUUGCUGUGUGUUUUGUCUGUCGAUUGGCACCGAUUUCCAACGCGCCAGCCGCAGCUAUGCCCGGGAUAGAGAAGCUGCCGAUAGAGGAGACGCUGGAGGACAGUCCGCAGACCCGCUCUCUGCUGGGAGUGUUUGAGGAGGACACUGCAGCCAUCUCCAACUACUGUACACAGCUCUAUCAGGCUAUGCAGAGGAUUUAUGAUGCACAGAAUGAACUCAGUGCUGCAACACACCUGACCUCCAGACUGCUGAAGGAGUACGACAAACAGCGUUUUCCUCUGGGGGGUGACGAUGAGGUGAUGAGCUCCACCCUGCAGCAGUUUGCAAAAGUCAUUGAUGAGUUGAGUUCCUGUCAUGCUGUCUUGUCCACCCAGCUUGCAGAUGCCAUGAUGUUUCCCAUCACUCAGUUUAAAGAAAGAGACCUGAAGGAGAUCCUCACCCUGAAAGAAGUCUUCCAGAUUGCCAGUGAUGAUCAUGACACAGCCAUUAAUCGAUACAGCCGCCUGUCCAAGAAGAGGGACAACGACAAGGUCCGGGCGGAAGCAGUGGAGGACGUCUACACCUCCCGCAAGAAACAGCACCAGACCAUGAUGCACUACUUCUGCUCACUUAACACACUACAGUACAAGAAGAAGACCGCUCUGCUGGAGCCUCUGCUGGGCUACAUGCAGGCCCAGAUCAGCUUCUUUAAGCUGGGAUCGGAAAAUCUUACCCAGCAGUGGGAGGACUUCCUGGGAACCAUAGGAACCAGCGUUCAGAAUGUCCGUCGGGAGAUGGAGGAGGAGGUGGGGCAGAUGCAGCAGACCAUCCAGCAGAUGGAGAGGUCAUGUGACUCGUUCUAUGCACCGUGUGACCCUGACCCCGCCCACUCACCCGUCUGUCGCAACCUGACCAGGAAACAGGGCUACCUGUACAUCCGCAAUAAGACUGGUCUGGUGUCGUCGUCCUGGGAGCGUCAGUACUUCUUCACGCAGGGCGGUAACCUGAUGCAGCAGGGCCGAGGCGAGGUGGCGGGUGGGCUGGUCACGGACCUCGACAACUGCUCCGUCAUGGCGGUCGACAGUGACGACCGCCGCUUCUGCUUCCAGGUCACAUCCUUCGAUGGCAAGAAAGUGGUGACACUACAGGCGGAGAGCAGGAAGGACUGCGAGGAGUGGAUCUCAACUAUAAACAACAUCUCCAAGAGGAUCUACCUGAGUGAGAACGCAGAGGAGCUUGCAGCCAGAGUGAACCAAUCAGCUAUUGAAGCUGUGACGCCAUCACCGUCCUUCCAGCAGAGACACGAGAGCAUGAGACCCAGCAGUAAGGGGCGUGCGGGCCGAGCGAGCAGUAUUAGCUCCGUGGGGUCGGAGCCAUCGCCUGCUCUUUCUGUGCUCUCGUUGGACGCACUGGUUGCCCCGGAAACACCCAUCCAGUUUGACAUCAUUUCCCCCGUCAGCGAGGAAAACUCAGGACAGAGCAAGACGGCAGCACAGUCCGGCAGAAGGAGUAAUCCAUUUGGAGAGUCAGGAGACAGCACAUCAGAAGACAGUGAAGACUCGAUCCUCCACCAGCUCUUCAUCGUUCGCUUCCUGGGCUCCAUGGAGGUGAGGACUGCCGAGUCGGCGGACGUCAUCUCUGAGACCAUGAGACAGAUCCUGGCCGCCAGAGCCAUCCACAACAUCUUCAGGAUGACCGAGUCCCACCUGCUGGUCACCUGUGACUGCCUCAAGCUUAUUGAUCCUCAGACACAAGUCACUCGACUCAGGUUCCCUCUGUCCAGUGUGGUUCAGUGUUCGUCCCAUCAGGACAACAAGAGGCUGUUUGGUUUCGUUUUGCAGUCAGCCAGCGGGCGGGGUGACAGCCGAGCCGUCUGCUACAUUUUUGAGUCCAACAACGACGGAGAGAAGAUCUGUGACAGUAUCGGUCUGGCCAAGCAGAUAGCCUUCCACUCUGAGAUGGACCGUAAGGCGGUGGAGAAGAGGAAGGAGCAGGACAAGGCCAAAGAGAAGCAGCAGGAGGAACUCAGCAAACAGAGACAGAUAGAGAAGGAUCUGGAGGAGCAGAGCCGUUUGAUCGCCGCCUCGAGCCGUCCUGCCAACCCGCCUGCCUCUGAGGGGCAGUUCCUAGUCCUUAGCAACAGCCAAUCAGAGGACAGCGACGCCGGGGAAGAGGGGAAGAAGAGGGGCGAGUCUGAGGCCUAACGACACGCAGAGGAUGCAUGUUUCACCUCCCAGGCAAGUCCCCAGCCGGUACUGUCCAAGCCACGGGCUCAGGAGUCAGAGGAGGGGAACACCACCUGCCCACCCGGGCUGCCUGGGACUGGAAAACAUGUGCUCCUUCUCUACUGGACUCUGUUUUAAGUUUGCGGUGGAGCCUGUCACUCUGAAAACGGAGGAUAAACUAAACGCACCCUCGCUAUGAGAGGAGGAGGAGAGUAGGCGAGGAAAGGUCUCGCCAGGGACUGGUGUUUUAUUGUGUGUGUAAAAACGCUGCUUUUUAUACCGGCUCCGCUAUCCAGAAAAAGACAAAAAAAAUUAUAGAUUAACCUGUAAGUUUCUGUUUUAUAUGUUUAUUUUAUAAAAAAAAAAAAAGAGCUAAGAAGAAUGAGAGAGGAUUUAAAGCAGAACAACAUGUGAGAAAUAAUGAGCAAGGAUCUGAAGGAGACACCUGAGAAAACACGGGAGGCAGAUUUGGGGACAGCGCCAGUGUCGGCUCUCACUUUGGCCACUAGGGGAUCCCAAAGGGCAACAGGACACCUCGGCUGUUUUCUCUUUCAGUGUUGGGAGUAAAACAUAUGACGUGAGAAGAGAAGAAGAAAGACAGAGAGAGCAGGGAAUCUUAUUUUGAAGAGUCCUUCCUGUUGUGGUGCGUUCAUCUGCUUUUUCUUUUUUUUUUUUUUUUUUUUUAACAUCCUCUCCCUUACAGUCACUGGUUUUCAUUCAUUUCACUGCAGGAUGAAACAUUCCCUUUCAGAGUCUUGAAUCUUGCCGAAUCAUCAUCAUCACAGUAGAGCUUUAACGAUUAGUCAAUUAAUCCAUUAAUUGAUCAAAAGGAAUUGGCAACUAUUUUAAUAAUAACCGAUAAUAACAAACCACAGAUGUAACACGUUUCACCCUCUCAGUCGUGAGAAUUAGUCGAGUUUCCUCAUCUCACGUUGUAGUAAAUUGAAUAAUUGGUUUGUAGUUUUCACCAAAUACUUAAUCGCAGACAAGCAUUUAUUGUGAAUUACACAACUCAAGCUUUGAGUCUUACGUCUCCGCGAGUUGAUUUUCAUAUAUCGGCGCGUGGAAGGUGAAGAGAAACAUAUCAGCGUAGGUUUGGUCUAAAGAAAAUAAAACUAAAAUUAGGCUAAGUUUGGUUGAAAAGAAUGUUUUUGCUCCUUCAGUAUAAAUGCCAAAAUACAUUGUUUGUCAAUGCCUUCCAAAUCGACGCAUAUUAGUGCUACUCAUACACCGUUACUGACAGUGAUCAUUCGUCGGUGCCUUGUAAAACGGUUAAAAAUCACGAAAACGAUUCACGUGCCUGCUUCACCAUCCGCCGCCUCCACGGUUAAACUUUGGUUAAAUUCAGGAAUCACUGCAGCAGGAAAAAGCAAACAUUGGUCAUUUUGGGCAUUUCCUGUUUUUCUCCACAGUACAUUCAGUAUAACUGUAGUUUCAAUAUGUUGUAUUGAUCUGUGUCACAGUUAAAUAUAAUAAUUAACCAUUUAAAGAGGCGGUGGUUCUGCCUGUCACUCGGUGCAUACUAAUGUUGUGCAGCCAAACGUUCAGGUCCACAGAAGAUCAUUUUCAAUUCCCAAAGUUUUCAAUAAUACCAAACAUGUUUCACUGAAAUGUGUUCAAAGUGAUGCAAAAUCAGAAUGGUGUAUUU